UCACGACUCUCUCAAUCUCACAAAUCCUCACCGGCGGCGAGCCCUUUUUUCCCUUCGCCGCCGCGGCGCCAUGCUCCGCCUCCGCAGCUGUGUCCUAACCCACCUCCUCUCCUCUCCCUCCGCCUCUCCAAUUCCAUCCUCUCUCCACCGCCUCAUCUCCGCCGCCGCGCCCGCCGUCUCAUCAAACCCUGGCUUCGCUGUGGAGGACUACCUCGUCGCCACCUGCGGCCUCACCCGAGCGCAAGCCCUCAAGGCCUCCACAAAGCUCUCCCACGUCAAGUCCCCCUCCAAACCCGACGCCGUCCUUGCCUUCCUCGCCGGCCUCGGCAUCUCCAGCGCCGACGCCGCCGACCUCGUCGCGAAGGACCCCCUGUUACUCUGCACCAGCGUGGACAAGACCCUGGCCCCCAACGUCGCGGAGCUCACCGGCCUCGGUUUCUCGGUUUCCGAGAUCGCACGCCUCGUCUCGAUCGGCCGCGCCGGAUUCCGCCGUAGAUCCAUCGUCUCCAAGCUUCACUACUACCUGCCCCUCUUCGUCUCCAUCCAGAACCUCCUACGAGCAUUGAAGUUCAACGACAGUAUCCUCAAAUACGGACUCGAGAGGAGUCAGAGGGCAACUAAGCUUAACCUCGCGGUCCUGCGGGAGUGCGGGCUUGGUGACUGCGAUAUUGCCAAGGUGUGCAUCGCAGUGCCAUGGAUGCUCACCACCAACGUGGAACGCGUCCGGGCAACUGUGGCGUGCGCAGACGGUGUAGGUGUGCCUCGUGAGUCUCAGAUGUUCAGGCACGCGCUGCACGCUGCUGCAUGCCUGGGCAAGGAGAAGAUCGCCGUCAAAGUUGAGUUCUUGAAGAAAAUGUUUAGGUGGUCGGAUGCUGAGGUGGGAAUCGCUGUUUCCAAGUUGCCAUAUGUGCUGUUGAGGUCUAAGGAGGCGCUGCAGAGCAGGUCAGAGUUCCUCAUCUCUGAGUUGGCGUUGGAACCGGCAUACAUUGCUCAUCGGCCGGCAAUGCUAUCUUAUAACUUGGAGCGUCGUCUCAGACCUCGCUACUAUGUCGUGAAGUUUCUCAAGGAGAACGAGUUGCUAGAGCGCGACCGGGACUACUAUAGGACAGUCACAAUCAGCGAUAAGGUAUUCAUGGAGAAGUUCAUACACCCUCACAAGGAAGCUGCCCCACACCUCGCUGAAGACUAUGCAGCAGUUUGCAGUGGGGAAGUGCCCGCUAGAUUCAUAUUUGCAUGAACCAAGAACAGGGUAUUGAUUUUGAAUAUGCCUGCUGCACACCAACGAUUUCACUCUGCGUCGUGAGCUGGUACUUCAUGUUUGUUGUCUGCUAUUGUAUGUAUGCUAAAUUCUAGUUUGGUGGUUGCUAACUUCUGAUGAAACUGAUACUCCAUUCUUUGAUGGCAUGGUUAUGAAGUUGUUCGUCCUCAUGUCAUGUUGUCGAGAAAGUAGAGAUCAGGCAUUCCUUCGAUACAUUG